AUGUCACAAUCUACUACGAGCCACAUGGAGACCGCCUUGUCCACUGACUCCUUGGUGUGUGCCCAGCUACUCCAGAAGCUCUUGACCCAACUUCAAACAACUGCUGGCAGUAAGGCAACGACGACUACCGGCAACAAGCGAUCAUGGUCGUCAAUGGACGAGGGCCACGAGUCCCUCUCUGAUUAUAGACCACCCUCUCCGCGACAAGCCCCUGGGCGCAACGUACAGCCGCAGACGGGCUCUAUGCUCUCAACGGCGGAUACGAUCAGUCGCGGCGGGCCCAAGAAGAAAACGCCACGCACCCGCGCCUCGCUGGCUUGUCAUGAAUGUCGAUAUCGGAAAGUCAAAUGUGACGGCGGCAAACCUGUCUGCGGAACCUGCCAAGCCCGCGGUCGCAGAUAUACUUGCUCGUACGUACGGUCUACCGAGACCGAGAAGAAGAGGGAUAUUUUCGGACCAGGCAGGAACUCGCUGAUGAUGGGCAGUUACAUUGACCAGCUUGAAGAAAACUUGUUACAGUCGCGACACUCCCAGCAGUCCCAGCAAGAGGACGGGGUCGGUCAUACGCCCCAGGACGACAGCGUUGCCUUGUUGGCCAACAGUUCCAAUGCCUCCAUAUACAAGGGUAGUCACGAUGACAGCCAUAAUGACAGUCAUAAUGACAGCCAGAACGACAAUCACAUUGAUACUGACCGUGAUGGUCUUCAUGAUAUUCGCGAUGCCGCAGACUCCAUCAACCCAAUUAGCCAGGAUGGUGGAUCAAGGGAUACUCCUGCAUACAUUGACGAGCUGUCCGCCUUCGAGCGUGCCCAAGUCCGUCAUCGUCGUAGUUUCGGGUCAUCUUCAACCAUCAAUUUCAUGGCUCAGGUCCAGAACUUACCAGCCGUGGCAGAUCUCUCCAUGUCGGGCCAGGACGAAGAUGAGAGCCCAAGCUCCAUCUCCGGCUACUUUAACGCGAACUUCGAGGAACAACGCACUAAACAUCCGUCGACGUUGACUCGGUGCAUCGGCGCCGGGCCUGAAGUAUCCCCAAGCCUAAUGAAACAACUGUUGGAUGUAUACUUCACUCGCGUUCAUUGCCUUCAUCCUUACCUGCACAGACCAACUUGGCAAGGGAAACAACGAGCCGAGGCACUCAUCAAUGGUGUUGCUGAUCCCGAUACGGGCAACGACAAUUUGUGCGCGUGCAUGGUUAAUCUUGUGUUUGCCCUAGGAGCCCUAUAUUGUGACAAUUUGCCUGUAGAUAACGCACUACACAUAUCCGAAACGUUUUUUCUGAAAGCAAAGAGGGCCAUCAGCAUAGAACAACUCGAGACCCCGUCGCUAGAACUGGCUCAGAACCUACUUCUGAUGACCCAAUACUCCAUGGAGAGGUGUCUCCACCAAAGAGGCCACCUUCAUGCGUCCUUGACCUAUAUAUCACUAGCCAUACGUGUUUGUCAGUCCUUGGGCUUGCACCAGAAUUCGACGCAGGUGAUGGGCCAUGUCGUCCGUGAAGUUACGAAGCGAGUUUGGUGGGGCUGCGUCUAUUUUGACUUUGGCCUGGUCAAGGUACUGACGGUUCACCUUAGGAGUUUAUCCAUCCACUUUGGCCAACCCUGUUCGAUCUCGAGUCAUCAGUACAAUACGGACUUACCGCUAGCUGUCGAUGAUGAGAUGAUCUUGCGAGACAAGAUUUUGGCACAAGAGCCUGGAACGUUUCCGACAACAGCGUUUUUCGUCUACGGAAUACAAUUGCUACGAGUGCUCGAGUCAAUAAAUGGGGAACUAUACAAUACUGUCGGGAAUCGGUGCUCUAACAUCAGUGUCGCCAUGGAAAAAGGCGAUUUCACCAUCAUGAAGAAGCUGGAGUCCACGUUAUUAGACUGGCGUGGCAGUCUCCCAGAAGAGUUGAGAGCUAGAAGUAACGGAUAUGAUUCAGUUGACGACCGUAACUGGAUGUCUGUUGAUCGUCAAGCGAUUGUUCUCUAUCUCCGGCCUUGCCUGUCAUUCCUGUUAGAGUCUUUGGGCCAGGGACAGUCAACGUCAUUGAAUUCACCAAUUGAGCGGUUUCCUGGAUCUUUCUGGCACAUGAUAAUGGUCCAUCAUGCCGACGCGUGUGUGAAUGUUGCCGUCGAGACGAUAAACUUCGUGCAUGCGUGCACGAAUUUUGAAGCAUCAUCGCCUUCGUUGUUUAAAGGCUCAACGUGGGGUCUUACUUGUGAUAUGAUCAGUGUUUUAAUUGCGGCCAAAUGUUGCCACCUUAAGGAUGACCUCAGCCCCGCAGUAUUCUAUAAAGCAUGGGAUCAAGUCAUCGACAUUCUACAAACACCGCCACAAAUACAAAUGCAGUUGCCCUCUCCCAUGGAGAUCACCAUUUCUGAUAAACAGGACGCUCCAGGUGUAGUAGAGUCUUGGGAUCCGUUGCCAUCAGACUGGAUGACACAGACUCUUUCGCCCUCGUGGGAUGAGCUCGGUCUCCACUGGCUGGACGGGCUCGACAGUUCACAUACCUUUGACCGCGUUGGCGAAAUUUAA